GGUGCACACUUCCUUCAAACACGUGUUUCACUGGGACAAUAGUGAGUGGUGCACACUUCCUUCGCCCGGCCACAGAAGACAAAAAAGAGUUGCUGGUGUAACAAUAGGAAGAAUAUAUUCCACUCCUCUCUUGUACACGCGGCUUAUGAGAUGAACGCUCGUCAAGAAGAACGUCCCCUUCAGCAGCAGGAGGAUCCACAGCCCCCCCACAUUAAAGAGGAAGAGGAGGAAGUGUGGAUCAGUCAGGAGGGAGAGUGUCCUGUAGGGCAGGAGGAGGCUGAUGUCAGCAAGUUUCCACUGACUGUUGUCUCUGUGAAGACUGAAGAGCAUGAAGACAAACCACCUGAGUCCUCACAGCUUCAUCACAGUCCAAACGUCUGUGGAGAACAACGUCUGCCUGAAAAAAAGGAGAGUAGCUUCAGGAUGGUGAAGGAGGAUCCUUCAAAGAGGAAGACCAGGCGCCACGGACCCUCUGGCGUCUCCUUUUCCUCUUUGACACAGACCCUUCCCUGUAAAAAGGAAGAGGAAGACUCACUGACGCCCCACAUUAAAGAGGAAGAGGAGGAACACAGCAUCACUCAAGAGGGAGAUCAUCUUGAAGGACUGGAGGAGUUCCCAGUGACUGGUGUCCCUGUGAAGAGUGAAGAUGAUGAGGUGAAAGGUGAAAGUGAGGAGAGGGGAGGGGGGGAGCCUCCAAGCAGCAGCUCAACACAACACAUGACAACAGAAGCUGAUGGAGACCACUGUGGAGGAUCACAAGCAGACAAGCUCUUAGCUCCACUAUCAGAUAGUGAGGACACAACGUCACACUCUCCUGACACUGAUGAUGAAGACUCUAAAGAUGAUAAGACAUGUCACACUGACAACACUCACUUCACAUCUUCUCACUGUCACAAAACAUUUAAAAACCAUAGUCAUCUGAAAAGACACAUGAGAACACACACUGGAGAAAAACCUUUUAUCUGUUCAGUCUGUGGUAAACGUUUUGUUCGAAGUCACAAUGUGAAAGUGCACAUGAGAACACACACUGGUGAAAAAGCUUUUAUCUGUUCAGUCUGUGGUAAACGUUUUGUUCGAAGUCAUAAUGUGAAAGUACACAUGAGAACACACACUGGAGAAAAAACGUUUUCUUGUUCAAUCUGUGGUAAAGGUUUUAUACAAAGUCAAUAUUUGAAAGUGCACAUGAGAACGCACACUGGAGAAAAACCUUUUCCCUGUUCAACCUGUGGUAAAGGUUUUACACAAAAUCAAUAUUUGAAAGUACACAUGAGAACACACACUGGCGAAAAACCUUUUUCCUGUUCAAUCUGUGGCAAAUGUUUUGUACAAAGUAACAGUUUGAAAGUACACAUGAGAACACACACUGGUGAAAAAUCACAUUCUUGUUCAAUCUGCAACAGAAGCUUUUGUGACCGAUCAAACCUUUUAGCACACAUGAGAAGACACCCAGGAGAGAAAGUGUUGAGUUGCAGUGUGUGUGGUGAAAGAUUGUCUUCUAAGUACCAGUGUAAGAAACACAAGUGUGCUGGUGAGAACAGCAGCAGCAAAUGAAACUGCAGGAUUUGAAAUAAACUGUCAAGACUUUCAUUUUGACUUUCUAACAACUUUAUGAUUCAUUUGUUGGGUCUCUAUAAUCUAUUUUAUUCAUUAUCGUUAUUACUCUGUAUUAUAAUGAUUGUGUUGUGAUUGUUUUAUAUGUAUGUCCCCAGACCUUUAUGCAAUAUACAAGUGAGAGAAAAUAGCAGAUUUUUUUUUUGUUUUUGUGAAAGGAUUUUGUUUUUACAAACUUACAUUUGUGGAUACAUCAAAUAAAUCCAGUAUUGUGUUCUAAA